GCUGGACAGGAGAGGUUCGAAGUACUCGGGACGGCCUCACUUUACGAUGAUGACUGAGCUAAUCGGCUGGGAACGCGCCACCGUUUUUCUGCCCUAUGACAAGCGUUGGCGCCUGCACAGACAAUGGAUCCAAGCUGGAUAUGGCAAUCCUGAUGCCAUGUCAGGCCUUCGCGCUCUGCAGCGGCGAGAGAUCUUUUGUCUCUUGUCGGACUUAUGUGGCAAUCCCGGAGAGGCCACGCUGCAUUUCAAACGGUAUAGCCUGCAUUGAGUUUGCCUGUAGGAGUCAUUGGAUGACAGUCGUUCGUGAUAGGUUCACUGGCGCACUAAUACUCGAGACCGCUUAUGGAUGUAGCUUGAAAUCACGGGAGGAUAAUGCUCUGCGCAAGAUGCUAGAGGUGACUGAAGAGACCAGUGCGACCGCCGGAGUUUUGGCAGCUACUCUGGUUGAUCUGUUCCCUGCAUUGGUGCACAUACCAACAUGGAUGCCGGGAGCCGGGUUCAAGCGUAGAGCACUGCAGCUCAGGAAGCAGCUGCGGCAGGUCAUUGACGAUCCCUUUCAGAAAGUGAAACGCGAACUGGCAGUUGGGACCGCCCAGAAAUCCUUCGUUUCAUCUCUUCUCCGGGAUCCUGACAGAUCACAUUGGCCAGAAGAUUAUGAGGAAGAGAUAAAAGGAACGGCGGCUGUUUUGUAUGGAGCUGGCCUUGACACCUCAGCAAUUGUCCUUUCUUCCUUUCUGCUCGCAAUGGUGUUGCACCCAGAGGUAUACCGGCAGGCACAGGAGGAAAUCGACGGAGUAGUUGAGAACCAGCGCUUACCAGAGCCUCAAGACCGUUCUUCGCUUCCUUUUCUUGAGUGCGUCCUCAAGGAGGUAUACCGGUACGAACGGCGUACGGCGUAAAGAAUGAUAUCCACGCAACUGAUGUCGCAUUGCUCCUCAUAGGUGGAAUCCACCACUUCCUCUAGGUCCGUUCUGGAAGCCGCUUUGCCAUCG